AUGCCCCUGUUCAGCUGGAUGAAAUGGUUGCGUGCUGAACGAGAAAAGGCGCAGGAUGAAGGGGCGUCCACAGGGUUAUCACCCAGCUGCACACUGAUCAGGGAGCUGCUGUGGCACGUGGAGGAAAGGGAGUGCAUGGCGCGGGAGGUGGAGCAGGAACACAAGCUGACCCACAACACCACAGGAUACCCCCACUGGCUCCACAGCUACCCCAGUUUACGCACGCUAAUCCCCGCAUCGGAGCGACGCCAGCUGGAGCACUUGUGUGCCCAGAUACACCCUAUGCACACCGCUACAGUGCUCUCCAGGUUCCGUGACGUGCUGGCCAGCAACAAGAUCCUGCCCUGGGAGCUUGUGUACGUCUUCAAGCAGGUGCUGAGAGACUUCCUCAAUAAAGAGGAAGGGGAAGAAGAGGAGGAUCACAUGCCGGAGCCAGAACUGCUUGGGCCAAUGGAGGCCUGGACCAACAGAUACCAAAUGAAGCAGGGAUUUGUCACACCUACUGUGCCCAACUGUGGUGAGCCCCAGAGAGAAGAGAUCCCAACCAUCUCUGGCUAUGUGGACCGUACCAUGAGAGGCUCUUAUCCUUUCACUGCCCAUAGGGUCUGGGACCUUCCCUACUACUACCCAGUGCCACACAACUCCACAGAAGCCUACAGCACCCCACUGUGAGAGCGGGUGGGGUGGUAAAGUAGUACCCAACUCAUGACCUUACUAGCUUCUAUCCUUGUUAGGUCAUGACUGAAAGAGUUGUCAUCUUAAAAAAAACAUGUUACAGAUUCAUUUUAAUUAAUGGGACUGCAACAAAAUCUUGCCCUGGACCAGCACUUGCAUGGGGGCAGAUUCAUACAUACAACAAUAGAUACUGCUAGCUAACUGGACUGGGGGUGCAUCUCAAUAGACUACUCGGUUACUCUAGCUACUUACUGUAACUUAGAAAGCUACUUAAUUCCACUGGUUUAAUAAAUCAACCCGUGCCUAGGAAUUUUGGCACCUGGCUAGUUAGCUACUUUACUGUGUUAGUAUUACUGUAGUAGCUAAAUAAUGCUCAUAUUUACUGAAAAGUAUGUAGCUAGCUAUGUACCUAACUAAAGCAACAUUUCUUUCAUAUGUUAGCUAGCCAGCCAACAAAUGUGAACAUGUGUGAAAGUUUCUAGGUUCCAUCCAAUUGGCAAAAGAUUCCCCCCAGAUUUUUCUACCAAAUUGUAUUGUUUUUUAAAUUUUUAUUAUUAUUUUUUAUAAACAACAAAUCAAUACAUAAAGCACAUGAGGGAACACAAGCAUACAUAGAUUACAAACAAUAGACAAUCGAGCUAGGGGGUACAAUAUCACAUUACAAUUACACAAGGACCUUAUGGGACAUGCAUAUACUUACAAUUCUAACAGCUUUUUUGUUAGUAGAGCAUUUAACCGUCUUAAAAUACAGUUCAAUUUCUUUUUGUAGGGUACGAAAAUGUGGUUUUCUGUUUGUAAAUUUACAUUUGUGUAUAUGAAAUUUGGCCAAAAAAAUAAUGAAAUUAAUUACAUAAAAAUGUUUCCGCUUAUUUCUAUUGUAUGUAAAGAAUCCAAACAGUACAUCUCUCCACAAUAGUGUAAAAUCUUCAUAAAUGUGUUCAAUUAUAAACGUACUGAUGUCUUGCCACAGUUUUCUUACAUGCAUACAAU